CGCUGAAUAAAUGAGUCACAACUCCCACAUCAAUAACAGUGGAGCCAAGAUGGCGGCGGAGGGAGAGUACGAGUCGAUCCUGUGCGUUAAACCCGAUGUGCACGUUUACCGGAUCCCGCCGCGCGCUUCAAACCGCGCCUACAGGGCUGCUGACUGGAAGCUUGAUGCUCCAGACUGGUCCGGUCGAAUGAGGAUCACAGCCAAGGGCAAAGUGGCUUACAUCAAACUGGAGGACAAAAUCUCAGGUGAGCUGUUUGCUCAGGCACCAGUUCAGGAGUAUCCCGGCGUCGCGGUGGAGACAGUCAGCGACUCCAGCAGAUACUUUGUUCUGCGGAUACAGGACGACAACGGUCGCAGCGCUUUCAUCGGAGUCGGCUUUGGGGACCGAGGAGACGCCUUUGACUUUAACGUGUCCUUGCAGGAUCAUUUCAAAUGGGUCAAACAGGAGAAUGAACUCCGUAAAAGUUCCCAGCUCGGGGAUUCAGGACCUAAACUGGACUUGGGCUUUAAGGAGGGACAGACCAUCACACUCAACAUAGGGCAAGGUAAAAAAAGAGAUAAACCUCGCCCACCCAGCUCAGGUGGGUUUGGACUCCUCCCACCACCACCUGGAGGCAAGAUAGCCCCUCCUCCUUUGUCCGGCUCAUCCAAUCACAACAUCGUCCCUCAGACAGGCGACACAGCGACAGGCUGCCUGCUGGAGCUGGACAGCAGUAACUCCAACACGGUGGUUCAGUCAAACCCGGGUUCAGAUCUGUGGGGAGACUUCUCUGCUCCUGCAAGCUCUGUUCCACCUCCAUCUCGACCACAGAACUCCACAAACUGGAUCCAGUUCUGAGCCCUCCAUGCUUUCGUCGCUUGUGAUUUCCAUCCCAUCUGUGUCUGUAGCUUCCCGUGCAUCACACCGAGUGUAACUCCCACACCCCGAUCCAGCAGAGGCAGGAAAACACCACAGAUCUGUAAAAGAGAAUCGGUUCCUGAAUUUCACUCGGAAAGAG